AUGGUUCCGAAAGAUGAUGUUGAGGCGAAGCCUGCCUGUCACCCACGUGCAUGUGCAAUCCAAAACUGUCUCACCAGCAAUGGCUACAACGAGGCCAAGUGCCAAACUGCAAUCAAGCGACUUUACGAAUGCUGUGAAGCAUUUUACGAACGCUACGGCGAAGAAGCGUCUACUGUGAGCUGUCCGAAGCCCAAUCUUCUCAAGCUCAAGAUGAAGCAACUCCGGGAGGAAGCUAAAUGA